AUGGACAAUCAAAAAACACAGCCGAAAAGGGUUUCUAUCAAAGUAGAGCCUAUCACUACUGCCGAAGACCUUGGUAGAUUCUUCGACAUCGCAGCAUCUGCCUUCGCCCGGCAAGCCAAGGAUAAUGUAUGGAUAACCCUUCACCCCGGCUGGGAUACACCCGAGGGACGGGCAAAUGCGAUAUCCGGUAAUACCAAACGGUGGUCCGCCCCUACAAAGGAUCGAAAUGGGUACCCAAAUACAAUAUUUCUUAAAGCUACUGUGUCUCGUGUAGAUGAGCCUGGCAAGGAAGAUAUCGCCGGAGUGGCCAUCUGGGCUCAAGCAUCCAUGGUCGAAGGAUACGGCGAUACACCCACAAAUGACAUCGAUAAAAUAAUGGAUGUGAAUGCGCUGUAUCCCGGAAAUUUGGCAGAACAGGAAUAUGCGCGACAGCUCCUACGCUCAUUCUAUGCUCGCCGAGUCGAGGUCGCCAAUGAGAUUGCAUCGAGCUCUUCCCCGGCUCUCAUGAUACUAGAUUUAUGCGCCGUUGACCCUGCGUUUCAGAGGCUUGGGGUUGCUACGGAAUUGGUGCGAUGGGGAUUGGACGAGGCCAAAAGACGUGGUGGAUUGGAAGCUACCUUGGAGGCGUCGAGUAUGGGCAGGCAUGUUUAUAAGAAGCUUGGCUUUCAGCAAGAAGGUGGUGAGCUUCACUUUCGGGUUGAUCAGGAGUUUGAGCCUCGCGAUCGACCAUCAGUCGUGUUCAUGCGUACGGGUAGGCCAGGGCUAUAA